AUGAAGCUCUUCAAAACCUUGGGCCUGUUGGCCUCCGCUGGGCAGUACUGGCUUGCGUCAGGACUGCCUCAAUUCCCCGACAACCCCAUGUGCACAGCUGGCAUCACUUCCGUCGAAGUCCAGCCCGUACAGUUCAUCGUGCGCCGCCCGAUCUACAUCAGCGCGUUCCUACCGGCCAACACAGUCUUGAUCCUCGACGACGGACUUACACUGACAGUCACCAACGCGCCGUUGACGCUCAUCACCGAAAUCGACAAGCUGGGCACUCUGACCUCCGAAGUGACCAGAAUCAUUGAGGGAAUCUCAUCUCUCCCCAACGCAUACGUCACGAUCACAAGAGGUGGCCAGUCGGGAACAGAGGCAAGCACCAUCACCGUGCUUCCCUCUGGCCCGGAUGGCGUUGGCACUUACCUCGUCUUCACCCCCUUUGCGCUCACCGACGCGACAACCGGAGCUGGUAUUCUGCCAACACCCACGGUCGGAAGCCCUGCGGCAACAAUCGUCGGCUCUCCCGAGGAUGCCAGUCGUCUUCUGACCGAAGCUCUGAACAGCUUGGGUAACUCUGUCCCGCCGGUAACAAACGACCCCGGCGCGACCCCGGCCAGCCCGGCUUCAGUCCCAGUGACGCUUCUGCCCACUGGAGGUGCUUUGCCUGCUGCGUUCUACACCACCGUCAACGUUGGUGGUGCCGAUGGGGUGCCUCGGAACCUGACUGUUACCUCUGGAACCGAGGGCACAGUCUUCGCGCAGACCUUUGACAGAUUCUCGGUCACCGUGACUGGUCCCGACAAUGUCAUUACCGUUCUCGGAAACGCUGGAGUCUCGCCUUCAGCCAUCACCCUGGCCGGAAGCCGAGCUGCGGCGGCGGUCUCUGGAGCCAGCGGUGAUGUCUUGCAGAUCAUCCAGACCCCUGGAGGCGAGGCAAACUUCCUGGAGCGACUUCUCACGACCACAGUAGGUGCUCAAGGGAUCGAGGGAACCAGCACGUUCACAAUUGUUCCUACUGGAACCGGAAGCGUUGGUGCCGUGGUUGUUCAGACUCCUCUCGCAGGUUCCGCAGGCAUUUUUGCCGGACCGCUCAGGACCAUUACGGCCGGUGGAAACACCGGUUCUAAUGCAGUGACAUUUACGGUUCCUCCUCAAGGAACCGACCAAACUGGCACUGUUGUCGUUCAGCCAGCGCAGAUUGCCUUCACUGGCCCCUUCACGACCAUCACCUCAGGAGGCGUCUCCGGAUCCGUGCCUCUUUCUCUGACCAUUUUGCCUUCGACGAGCCCCUCGCUGGGUACCGUCAUUGUGCAGACUCCUCUGGCUGCGAGCCCCGUCAACUUCAUCACAAGAAACGCGCUCGCCAUUGCUGGUCUCGGAGCCACCAUCACUCUGCCAUUGGGCGGUUCUUCUGCCACUGGCCCUGCAACAGUCAUCAUCGCAGCAGGUUUGGGAGGUGAUGAUCCGGCCACGACCGCGCCGGCUGCUCUGGCUGCAUCCAUUGUCACGAUUCGCGGUGCCUUCAACGGCACUACGCCCCAGACCUUGACCUUGGCCCCGGCUGGUGAUAACUCGCUUGCGACUGUUGUUGAGCAGUUGCCCGUUGGCUUCUCUACAAACAACCAGGCGAACCCUACAGCCCCGGCUGCCCCGGCUGCGACCGGUGUCAACACCGCCGGUCAACCCAACGCCCCUGUGCCAACAGCAGGACCUUCAGUCAACCCAAUUCCCAACCAGGUUCUUCCUGCUGCUAUUACCAGCGGAUACAGCGGCUCUGUGCCUACUACAGUCACAUUGCCGCCUUCCGGAGCUCAGACGGCCAGCCAAAUCGUGGUUCUCACCCCCUUUUCCAACGACUUGGUUGCCACCAACAUUCUUCAGCAGCCGACAACCAUUACUCAAGGAGCAUCGGUUACUGUCGCGACGACCGUCACUCUGCAGCCGGGUACCAUUCAGCCAGGAGCAGCAGUUCCCACUGCUCCUACUGUUCUUGUGCUGACGCCGCUGCCAUCUGGUGCAGCAGCAGCAACUCCUGUAGUCAAUCCGGCUCAGUUGACCACGGUUUCCGGAGUGAUCAACGGUAACAGCCCCCUGACUGUUACCAUUCCUCCAGCGAACUCCGUUGAUCCUGGCACUGUCGUUGUCCUUCAACCUGCUCAAACGGCCGGUGUCGCCCCCGGUGUUACUCCUGGUGUUGUUCCCGGCGUCACUCCCGGCGUCGUUCCUGGUGUUACUCCCGGAGUCGUUCCCGGUGUGACUCCUGGUGUCGCUCCCGAUGUUACUCCUGGUGGUGCUGCGACUCCCGGAGGUGUAGCAACUCCCGGAGCAGGCCAAGACACUGUUCUUGCUGAACCUUUCCUACCGGGGGCGUUCACGACCAUCCAGUCCGGAUUCAGCGGCGCAACUCCCACCACCUUCACCGUCCCCCCUGUUGCCCCAAACAGCAUUGGUACAGUUGUCGUCUUGACCCCUACUAACGCAGCCGGUGCCGGUCCCUCACUGCCCGCCGGUGUACCUUUCGUGACGGUCACGAGCCCCUUCGCAGGAGAGACUCCUCAGACCAAUGUAUUGCUCCCAUCUGGUACUAACCCCACAGGAACUGUUCUCGUUGAAGUCCCAGCUGCCCAGUUUACGCCACCCGCUUCAGGUAUCAGCCUGCCCGCCGGUGUGCCAUUCGUGACUGUGACAACUCCCUUUGCCGGAGAGACUCCCGAGACCAACAUCUUGCUUCCCACUGGCACUGGCAGCGUUGGAACUGUUUUGGUUCAGGUGCCGUCUGCCCAGUUCACGCCAGCUGCGCAAGUAACGGCUCCCACCGCAGGCGUUGUCCCGACGCCGGGUGGCCCUCUGCUCCCUGGCAUCACCAUCGGAGGUCAGACCAUCGUCAUCCCCGGAAUCACCAUUGGCGGCCCCAUUGCUCUGCCUACUGGUCUUAACUUGGGAUCUUUCCUCACCCUGACUCAGGCCGGGUCAGACCCAAACACCGUAGUCUUCCUUCCCACGGGUACCAACCCGGGUCUUGUUGUCAUUCAGACACCGACUGUCGCGCCGACUGCUGUUCCUGGCGUUGGUGUCUUCACGACCCUCUUCCAGGGGUACACCGGCUCAACGCCCACCACCACGACUCUGCCGCCGACGGGAACCAACACCCUCGGCGUCGUCUUGGUUCAGACUCCUCUGGUGAACGUCCUCGACACCACGACCGUUGGUUUCACUGGUACAGCACCCAGCACCAUCACCGUGCAGCCCUCUUUGGGUGGCUCUGGUAUCGUGGUUGUUGAAACUCCUUUCGUCAAUCCCUUACAAUCCACCCCGGCUGUCCCAGCUCAGAUCUUCACGAGCAUCACCCAGGGCUUUACCGGAUCUGUCCCGACUACAAUUACGCUCCAGCCUACUGGAACCAACACAGUUGGUACCGUGGUUGUUCAGACCCCCAUCUUCCCUGGAGGUGGAGUUCAAGUCACCACGCCAGCAGACCCGGCCGCGUCGGACCCGGGUGAUCCUCUGAUUGACAUCAUCGCCACCUCAACUGUCGGUAUUCCCGGCUUGCUGUCGCCGACGACGACUACGAUCUUGCCGAGCGGAACCAAUCCCGGCUCUGUCAUCGUUCAGACUCCAGUGUCACUUACCGGCUCUCCAGGACCCAACCAGCCUCAGUCCUUCGUCACCCUCGCGACGGGUUACACUGGAACUGUCCCUCUGACGACCACCAUUCUGCCCGCAGGCACCAACUCGGUUGGAACUGUUCUUAUCCAGACACCUACUCAAGGCGGAGGAGGAGGCGGUGGCGGCGGCGCAGGUGGUGUCCCAACUGUUGGUGUUACUCCUGACCCUGCUCUUACUCAAGCUCUCACGACCAUCACGGCUGGAUUCUCUGGUUCCGUGCCGACCACCAUCACAUUCUCCGCCACUGGUGCUCAGACUGCUGGUAUUGUUGUCGUCCAGACUCCUACCACUGGUCCUUUCGCAUCUCCCUCCGUUCAACCGGCCGAGUUUGUCACGUUCUUCACUGGAUAUACUGGAUCCGUGACUGCCAUCUCUACGAUCUUGCCUACUGGCACUGCUUCUGUUGGCACCAUCUUGAUCCAGACUCCUACUGCUGGUGCUGUUGCAACCUCGCCUCCGGUUGUUCCCACUGGUUUUGUUCUCACUACCGCUGGCUACACCGGCUUGGUUCCCACGACUAUCACGAUCCAGCCGUCGGGCACCAACCCCGGCACCGUCUUGGUCCAAACACCUACGGUCGACCCCGCGACUUUGGUUCCGACUGGAUUUGUUCUCACCACUGCUGGAUACACUGGUUCAGUUCCGACUACUGUCACUAUUCAGCCCUCUGGUACAAACCCAGGAACCGUCUUGGUCCAGACACCUACCGUCGAACCCACGACGCUCGUUCCGACUGGAUUCAUCCUUACUACAACCGGAUAUACCGGUUUGGUUCCGACCACCAUCACCAUCCAGCCCUCUGGCACAAACCCAGGCUCUGUCAUUGUCCAGACCCCGACUGUUCUGCCAGCCUCGGUUCCCUCAGGAUUCGUCCUCACAACGACUGGUUACACUGGUCUUGUGCCGACAACGGUGACCGUCGAGCCCUCAGGAACCAACCCAGGCUCUGUUAUUGUCCAGACCCCAACUAUCAUCGUCGACCCUGCUCAAGUCCCAACCGGCUUCGUGGUCGCAACGACCGGCUAUACUGGAUCUGUCCCAACCACCGUCACUAUUCAGCCGUCGGGAACCAACCCCGGCACUAUUCUCAUCCAGACACCUGCAGGCGAGCCUCAGAUCAUCCCAAGUGGAUUUGUCGUAGCCACCACUGGGUAUACCGGCUCUGUACCGACAACGGUUACCAUCCUCCCGACUGGCACUCAGUCUAUUGGAACCGUCCUGAUCCAGACUCCAACUGCUGUUGCCAGUCAGACCGGAGGCAGCGGUGCCGGUGGCGGUCCCAUCGAGCCCGUCUUUUUGAGCAGCGGCUACGCUGGAUCUGUCACGUCAACUCUGACCUUGACUCCUUCAAACGUCGGAGACCCGACAACAUUGGUCGUACUCACACCUAGCGACGCUGCUGGUGUCACGCCAUCUCCUACAGUCACCGUGGAGCCAAUUGUCUUCAUUACUUUAACCAUCGGAUACCCUGGUCCUACAAUUGCCACCUUGACCUUGUUCCCUAGCAGCGGCAACCCGAUCGGAACUGUCCUCAUCCAGACUCCCUUACCGUCUGGACAGAGCAACACCAUCACUGCCACUGGCUUCACCACGCAAACUCUCCCCUUCACGGGAUCAGUGCCGACCACCAUCACUAUCCCCCCGGCUGCCACGGACCCCAAUGGCAUCGCGACGGUCAUUGUGCAGGACCCGAUUGCUUCGUACGUCACUGUUUCAAGCGGGUACUUCGGUUCCGGUAUUGCGACGACGACUCUCGCUCCCGCAAACCCAGGAGACCCAGGCACCGUCGUCAUCCAGACACCUCUUCCGGCUUCAUUCUUCACCACCACUGUAGGAUACACUGGCUUGGUUCCCACUACGACCACGCUGCUGCCGUCUGGAACCGAUACCGUUGGCGCUGUCAUCAUUCAGGUCCCUACAUCUACUCCCGCGCCGACCGCCGACCCUGCCAUCUCCUACAUUACGGUGUCCACCGGGUACUCGGGAGUGGCAACUCAAACCACCACAAUUCUGCCUACGGGAACCGAAACUGUUGGCCUGGUUCUUAUCCAGACUCCCACGGCUGCCGGCGGCGAUACCGCUACCGCACCUGGAGUUACUCCCACGGCCCCUGAUGUUACUGCUACCCCUGGAAUCAGCUUCAUCACGACGACUACGCUAUGGGAUUCAACGGGUACAUCCACGGAAACCACGUUCCCUACUGGCACGCAGGCUGUGGGCAGUGUCAUUGUCUUUGCUCCUCGAUUUGCCAGAUUCAUCACAACAACUAUUGGCUGGACUGCAAGUGGCCUGUCUACGACCACUAGCCCUACGACAAGUGCAAGCGAGGUCAUUGGCAUGGUCAUUAUUUACACUCCUGAACCCACUGCCGCCCCUACGUCCGCUCUCGAUCCUUCUGUUGGCGCAUCUGUCACUCCCGCCGCAUCUCCGAGCGUGGAAUUUGCUACUCUUACUAGCACCUACUCAGGAUCGGUGCCCACCACAUUCACGCUCGCUCCUAGCGGCACUGACACCGUGGGUACUCUCGUGGUCUUGGUGCCAAGCUCCACGGCAAGCCCUGAUGCAUCUGGAGGGGAUCCAGUCUUCGCGACUCUUACGAGCACGUACGCAGGCUCCAUUCUUUCAACGUCAACGAUUGUGCCCACGGGAACCAAUUCCCAGGGCACUCUUGUCGUCCUUGUUCCGAGCAGCGCUGCCUCUCCUGGUGCGACUGGCUCACCUGGAGCAUUGUUCGAGACUAUUACGUCUACCUAUGGAGGUUCCAUCACCUCUAUCGAGACUCAGUUGCCUUCCGGCUCUGAUCCCACCGGAACUGUCAUUGUCUACGUUCCAAGCGAUGUCUUGGCUUCGCCGACAACCACGCCUGGCCCUGCCUUGACCACGGUCACUUCCGCUUACCCCGGAUCUGUCAUAUCGACUGCCAUUGCUUCACCCGCCAACCCGGGCGACCCAGGCACUGUUAUUGUCUACAUCCCGACGAGCGUGGUUUCAGACACGGGUGCCUUUACAACGGUGCUUUCGACUUACACCGGCUUGGUACCUGCGACAACGACUGUUCUUCCCGCCAACAUCAACGACCCGGCUACGGUCAUUGUGCUGAUUCCGAGCGCGACCCCCACAGUCAGCGUCCCGGAGGCCACCAGCGGUGGUUCUGGUGGCGGUGCUGGACUUCCCGCACUCUCAACAAGCCUUUAUGAUGGAUCGGUGACUCUGACCACAACUGUUCCGGGGGUAUCAGGCCUACCAGACCAGACUCUGGUCCUUGUUCCCAGCAUUACUCCCACGGCGACCCUGCCGGGCGGUGGUGCUGGUGGUCUGCCAGGACUUAUCACUAGCCUCUACGAUGGUUCCAUCACCCUCACGACUACCAUUCCUGGGGUUUCAGGAGCUCCUGACGAGACCCUGGUUCUCAUUCCCAGCAUCACGCCUACGGCGACUUUGCCAGAUAAUGGUGCUAGUGUCUUGCCUAAUCUCAUCACCAGUCUUUACGACGGCUCCAUCACUCUUACAACUACGCUGCCUGGAGUCUCGGGUCUCCCAGACCAAACUGUGAUCCUUAUCCCAAGCAUCACGCCGACGGUGAGCCUUCCAGGUGGUGGAGCUGGCGGAGUUUCAGGCUUGGUGACCAGUUUCUACGAUGGCUCGGUCACUCUCACCACUAUCAUCCCUGGGGUGACGGGUCUUCCUGAUGAAACUCUUGUCCUCAUUCCGAGCGUCACGCCGACUGCCAGUCUCCCUGACGACGGAGCCAGCGAAUUGCCUGCUCUCAUUACUAGUUUCUAUGACGGUUCAGUCACACUGACUACCACGAUACCUGGAGUUUCCGGUCUUCCAGAGACAGUCGUCCUCAUUCCGAGUGUUACACCCACGGCAAGCAUCCCGGGAUUGUCUACCAGCUUUUACGACGGGUCGGUCACUCUCACGACCACAAUCCCUGGCGCGUCUGGUCUUCCUGACCAGACUCUUGUCUUGGUGCCAAGCAUCACGGUUGAUCCAGCUGCCACUGGCGGCGCUGGAGGCUUGCCUGCGCUGGCCACCAGUUUCUAUGGUGGUUCGGUCACCCUUACCACCACGAUUCCUGGCGUGUCGGGAUUACCUGAUCAGACCCUCGUUCUUGUCCCCGGCGUUACGCCCGAGCCAUCUCUACCGGGCACAACUCUGGCUCCUGGAGUAUACACAAGCACUUACGAUGGAUCUAUCACGUUCGCGUUGACGAUUCCUCCUUACACCAUUGGAUUGCCUGGCGCGACCAUCAUAUUCGUUCCUAGCCUUCCAGGUGUUCUCACAGCCACACCGACGGCUUUGGGCCAAGGGCUCGUGACCAGCUUGUACGAUGGUUCAGUUACUUUCACCUCGACUCUUCCUGGCGUUUCUGGCCUGCCCGACGAAACAAUCGUCUACAUCCCAAGCGUAACGGGACUCCCCACUGCGGCACCAACCGCCUCAGCUCCGGGAAUCAUUACAAGCUUGUACGAUGGAUCCGUCACUUUCACAUCAACCCUCCCUGGUGUGUCGGGUCUGCCCGAUGAAACCGUCGUGUUCAUUCCAAGUGCCCCAGGUCUGCCUACAUCGCUUCCGACAGCCUUGGGCCAGGGCUUGGUGACGAGCUUCUACGAUGGUUCUGUCACUUUGACAUCAACGAUUCCUGGUGUCUCUGGUCAGCCAGAUGAGACUAUUGUGUUCGUCCCUACCAUCACAGGCCUGCCAACAGCAGCCCCCACAGGUCCAAUCACCAGUUUUUAUGAUGGCUCCGUCACCUUUACGUCCACAAUCCCAGGCGCAUCCGGCCUGCCUGAUGAUACCAUUGUUUACAUCCCAAGCGCUGGAGCUCUUCCCAGCUCUAACUUGGGCGGUCUUCCCACAUCUGCGCCUACCGCUCUCGAGGCGGGCUUGUACACAAGCACAUACGGUGGCUCCAUUACUUUCACGUCGACUCUGCCCGAAGUAUCUGGACUGCCUGGAGCGACCAUUAUCUUUGUUCCUAGCAUUACGGCUCCAGCAGUGCCCUCAGCUACGCCUGGCGGCUUGGUGACAAGUCUUUAUGAUGGCUCGAUUACCUUCACAUCUACUGUCCCUGGCGUAUCUGGUUUGCCCGAUGACACGGUAGUCUUCCUGCCCAGUAUUACCGGCCCCGUGGAUCCCACGAGUAUUGGUACUGGUGCGGGAGGCUUGGCCACGAGCCUCUACGACGGCUCAAUCACCUUUACCUCAACCAUUCCUGGCGUCUCCGGCCUGCCAGACGAUACAAUCAUUUUCCUACCGUCUCUUACGGCUCCAGCCGUCCCUACCAGCGUUGCUGGAGGCUUGGUCACGAGUUUCUAUGACGGUUCAAUCACUUUGACUACCACCAUUCCGGGCGCUUCUGGAUUCCCAGAUGAGACUCUUGUGCUUGUGCCAUCGAUUACGGACCCUGCCCUCGGAGCAGUGCUUACCAGCUUGUACGAUGGGUCGAUUACGCUUACGACCACUCUCCCUGGCGUAUCUGGCUUGCCAGAUCAAACCGUCGUCUUGGUGCCUUCGAUCACAGCUCCGGCUGUCCCGACAAGUGCCAUCGGCGGGCUAGUCACUAGCCUGUACGAUGGGUCGAUUACCCUUACGACUACUAUCCCUGGAGUCUCUGGCCUACCAGGCCAGACUGUUGUCCUGGUGCCUUCAAUCACCGACCCUGCGCUCCCUACAAGUGCAGUUGGCGGAUUGGCGACGAGCCUAUACGACGGAUCGGUCACACUCACAACGACGAUCCCAGGGGUUUCUGGCUUACCAGACCAAACCCUUGUCCUCAUCCCCAGUGUCACCGGCGCGCCGGCUUUGCCCAAUCUUUUCACAAGCACCUAUGACGGCUCCAUCAUAUUCACAUCCACGGUUCCGGGUGUUUCGGGCCUGCCGGACGACACCAUUGUGUUCGUCCCUGGCAUUACCGCUGCUCCAUCAUUGCCCAAUCUCCUUACCAGUACUUAUGGCGGUUCUGUCACCGUCACAUCCGUCAUUCCAGGUGCCUCGGGCGCGCCAGAUGAGACUAUUGUGUUGGUUCCUGAUCUGACCGAUUCGCUGGCGUUGCCAAACAUUCUCACAAGCACUUAUGAUGGAUCUAUCACUGUCACAUCCGUUAUCCCUGGUAUCACUGGGUUGCCCGAUGAGACGAUCGUCCUCGUACCUAGUGCUGCGCCAAGUCUGCCAGCUGGUGGUCUUCUUACCAGCACUUACGAUGGCUCUAUCACGCUCACUUCUGUCAUCCCUGGAGUCACCGGGUUGCCUGACGAAACGAUUAUCCUGGUGCCGAGCGCGACCCCUACGCUGGGUGGUCUUAUCACCAGCACCUACGACGGCUCCGUCACCCUUACCUCUAUCAUUCCAGGUGUUUCAGGCCUGCCAGAUCAAACAGUCAUUCUCGUGCCCAGUGUCGAUCCAACUUUGCCAGCCAGCGGCUUGCUCACAAGUACUUACGGAGGCUCAGUCAUCUCGACAACUACACUCCCGGUUGGAACAGAUGGUCUGCCUGGUGCCACCGUUGUCCUGGUACCUAGCAUCACGGGUGCUCCGGCACUCCCGAAUGUUUUCACCAGUCUCUACGAUGGACAGAGUACUUUCACUUCCAUCCUUCCUGCCGGAACUGCUGGCGACCCUGGGGCGACAAUCAUCUUCAUCCCUCGCCCAACAACCGUUGUGUCAGCUGGCGGUCUCUUCACAAGCACCUAUGAUGGAUCAGUCAUUUCAACCACGACACUUCCGGUUGGAACGGACGGCCUUCCUGGUGCCACUAUUGUUCUUGUUCCCGGCAUUACGGCUACACCGGCGCUCCCUAAUAUCCUUACGAGCACUUACGAUGGCUCAGUUGAGAUCACCUCGACAAUUCUCAACAGCGCAGGUGAUCCAAUUGAGACCUUGGUUCUCGUCCCAAGCUCGACUGGAUUGCCCAUUGGUGUUUCUGCUUUGCCGACAAGCACUUACGACGGCUCUGUCACCGUAACCUCGACAAUCCUGGACUCUUCUGGCAGCCCUGUCCUUACUGCAAUCUUCGUCCCAGGCUCAACUGCCUUGCCCGCGUUGCCCACAAGCUUCUAUGAUGGAUCUGUAACCUUGACGUCGACGAUUCUGGAUCCUUCCGGAAAUCCCGUCGAGACCGCUGUGUUCGUCCCAAGCAUCACAGGUGUUCCUCAAUUGCCGACCAGCCUCUACGAUGGUUCGAUCACAUUGACAUCAACCAUCUUGGACGCCUCCGGAAACCCAGUUGAGACGGCCGUCUUCGUUCCCAGCAUCACUGGUCUGCCUCAAUUACCAACAAGUCUCUAUGAUGGGUCUGUCACUGUUACUUCGACAAUCCUUGAUGCUUCUGGCAACCCUGUUCAAACUGCAGUCUUCGUUCCCAGCAUUACCAGUCUUCCUGCCGCUUUGCCCACGAGCCUUUACGACGGGUCAAUUACGGUCACAUCAACUAUACUGGAUACCUCGGGUAACCCGGUCCAAACCGCGAUCUUCGUGCCGAGCGGUGUGCCGAGCGUUACCGGCCUUCCUGGUGCCCUACCAACCAGUCUUUAUGAUGGGUCGAUCACCGUCACGUCAACCAUCCUCGAUGCUUCGGGUAACCCAGUUGAAACGGCUGUGUUUGUACCAAGCUUUACUGGUCUCCCUAACGUCUUGCCAACAAGUCUAUAUGAUGGGUCCGUUACGCUUACAUCAACCAUUCUUGAUGCUUCCGGAAACCCUGUUCAAACGGCUGUGUUCGUGCCCAGCGUUACUGGCCUCCCUGAUGUCCUGCCUACGAGUCUUUACGGUGGAUCUAUCACACUUACAUCGACCAUUCUUGACGCAUCGGGUAAUCCGAUUCAAACAGCCGUCUUCGUUCCAAGUAUCACCGGAUUGCCUAGUGCACCUGGCGCAUUGCCGACUAGCCUUUACGAUGGAUCGGUGACGUUGACGUCUACUAUUUUGGACGCGUCCGGAAACCCAAUCCAGACUGCUGUGUUUGUUCCAAGCAACACUGGCCUUCCAGGCGCCCUACCAACCAGCUUCUACGAUGGCUCGGUGACUCUGACUUCCACAAUUCUUGACGCGUCUGGAAACCCAGUUGAAACUGCGGUCUUCGUGCCGUCUAUCACUGGCUUGCCUAACGUUCUUCCGACCAGCUUCUACGACGGAUCUGUGACCUUGACGUCGACCAUCUUGGAUCCUUCAGGCAACCCAAUCCAGACCGCCGUAUUUGUUCCGACGAUCACGGGUCUGCCCGACGUGCUCCCAACAAGUUUCUAUGAUGGAUCUGUUACCCUUACUUCUACCAUCUUGGACGCAUCUGGCAACCCGAUCCAGACCGCGGUUUUCAUCCCGACAGUCACUGGAUUGCCCAACGUGCUUCCCACUAGCACCUACGAUGGAUCUGUUACUUUGACCUCCACUAUCCUGGAUCCUUCUGGUAACCCUAUCUUGACGGCAAUCUUUGUUCCCGGAUCGACUGCACUGCCCAGCCUGAAUCUUCCUACUAGCACCUAUGAUGGCUCCGUCACAUUGACCUCAACCAUCCUGGAUGCGUCAGGAAACCCUGUUGAGACUGCAGUAUUUGUACCAGGCCUCACGAGCUUAGCGAACAACGGUCUUCCUACCAGCACGUACGAUGGCUCCGUGACAUUGACAUCGACGAUUUUGGACCCAUCUGGGAACCCUAUUCAAACGGCGAUCUUCGUGCCGGGGUCUUCCGCUCUUCCGGAUCCUGGAGUGUUGACAAGCGGUUACGAUGGUUCCGUGACGUUGACCUCAACCAUCUUGGAUGCCUCGGGCGAUCCUGUGCAGACCGUCGUUCUUGUGCCGACUGCCACUGGCCUCCCAGGUGGUGGACUUCUUACCAGCACUUACGACGGAUCGAUCAUCUCAACCACCACGCUUCCCGUCGGUACCGAUGGCUUGCCUGGCGCGACUGUUAUUCUUGUACCCAGCCCAACUGUUCCCGCACUGGAUGUCUUGACAAGCACAUACCCUGGCUCUGUGACCUUGACGACGACCGUUCCGUUUGGGCCACCUGGCUCUUCUGCAGUCGUCGUUUUGGUUCCAAGUGCUACUGCGGCCCUUGGAGAUAUCCUCACCACCACCUACGGUGGAUCAGUUACUCUCACCAGCACAUUCCCUGCCGGCCCGAAUGGCGAGGCUCCGUCUACUGUCGUCUAUGUUCCGGGCAUCACCGACGCCCUGCCAAACUUGCUCACAAGCACUUAUGAUGGCUCGAUUACUUUCACCUCCACGCUGCCAGCGGGUCCCUCUGGCGAGCCCGGUGCUACUGUCAUCUUCGUUCCCGGCAUUACUGGCGUUCCUUCUGCUCCCACCAGAAGCAUCUCGUUUGCGACCAUCACAAGCGCAUACACUGGUGCUCUUCCCUCCGCCACCACGAUUUUCCCGACUGGUGACAACGAUGAAGGUACCAUCAUCAUCCUCGAGCCCGCCUCAUCAGGAGCCGGUGGCGACCCGGCUCUGUUCGUCACGCUUACGAGUGGCUACUCCGGCCUUGUGCCAUCUGCGACUACCAUCCUGCCUACUGGCACCGAGACACUUGGCCAAGUCAUCAUUUUGGUGCCCACAGCCACGGACGGAAGCACUCCCACCUUCAACUUUGCCACCAUCACCAGUGGAUACACCGGUCUGGUGCCGUCUGCCACCACCAUCUUCCCUACCGGAACCGACACCGACGGGACGGUUAUCAUUCUUGAGCCGACGGCCACCCAACCGCUUGCGUUCACAACCAUCACUAGCCUCGGUGUUGGAUCCGUUACGUCGACUACAACAAUCUUGCCGACUGUCACGGGCGAUCCCGGAAUCGUCGUCGUCUUCGACCCGGAUCUCCUUGGCACAACUUCGGACCUUCCAUCGUACACCACGGUCAUCAGCACAUACGAUGGAUUGUCUCUCACAACUUCCACCUUGGCACCUGCGGGAACUGACACUAUUGGAACUGUUGUGGUUCUUGUACCUAGUGCAAGCGUUUCCAUCCCUGGAGUUUCGUCCUAUGUCACUCUCACCAGCACUUACAGUGGCUUGGAGCCUCUUGUUUCGACGUUGGCACCUUCUGGCACCGACACGGUUGGCACCAUCAUCUUCUACGAGCCCAUCGCUACCCCAACAGCUGAUUUCACGACGAUCAUCAGCACUUACGAUGGGUCUGCCGUGGCCACGUCAACGAUUGCUCCGGCCAAUCCUGGCGAUAUCGGCACUGUCAUCAUCCUUCAGCCUGCUUCUCUCGUCAGCACCCCUGUUCUGUCCGUCACAGCCAUCUUCACUACCAUCACCACCACAUACGAUGGCAGCAUCAUUCAGACCACGACGGCCUUGCCUACGGGAACUGGUCUCGGUGAAAUUGGCACUGUCAUUGUCCAAGUUCCCAGCGCGCUGGCCGAUCUCUUUACUACUGUCACCAGCGGCUACGACGGCUCGGUCACCUUGACCACGACUCUGCUGCCCGAUGCGACUGACCCUGCCGGUCUCGGCACGGUUGUUGUCCAGGUGCCCACUCAGCUUCCUUUGAGCACUGGCAGCUUGGGUGAACUGUUCACGACAGUAACAUCGACAUACGCCGGUUCGGUUACCCUUACGUCUACGGCCCUGCCCAAUCCUGCCGAUCCCACUCCGAUUAUCUCCAUCAUUGUUCAGAUUCCUGGAGAUCCUGCAGCAAGCACAGGUCUAUUGGGUGACCUGUUUACGACAGUCACUUCGACUUACGCUGGUUCCGUUACUCUUACAUCCACAGCACUCCCUGAUCCAGCAGACCCCACUGGCAUUAAAACAGUCAUCGUGCAGGUCCCUGGUCAAGCGGCAACAAGUACUGAUGCUUUGGGCAACAUCUUCACCACGAUUACAUCCACGUACGCUGGAUCCGUUACCCCUACAACAACUGCUCUUCCAGACAUUGCAGACCCGACCGGCAUUAGGACCGUCAUCGUGCAAGUUCCUGGCGAUCAAGCCACGUCGACAGACAUUUUGGGCGAUGUUUUCACCACCGUGACGUCGACGUACGCUGGCUCCGCCACUCUCACUUCUACGGCUCUGCCUGACGUUGCGGACCCAAGUGGCAUCCGAACAGUCAUUGUACAGGUUCCAGGCGACUUGGCGUCUUCCGCGACAGAUCCUCUUGCCGCGUCGUUCACAACCAUUUUCAGCACCUACCCUGGCUCAGUCACUUUGACAACUACUUUGCUGCCUGCUGCAACUGACCCGUCUGGUCUCGGCACUGUCAUUGUCCAGCUUCCGGAUAUCCUCGCCACGUCUACGGGGGAUGCCCUGUCAACAUCAACAGACGGUGUUUUGCCUGUGUCUUUCACCACGAUCUUCAGCACGUACGACGGCUCCAUUCCGCUCACCACGACCCUGGCACCGGACGUUACCGACCCAUCUGGCCUUGGAACUGUCAUCGUUCAAAUCCCUGCGAGCGCUACUUCCGAUCCUUUAGCUGCUUCGUAUACUACCGUCACCAGCGGCUACACUGGUUUGGUCCCUCAGACCACCACCUUGGCGCCCGCGAAUCCUGGAGAUCUCGGAACAGUCGUCGUACAAGUCCCCAGCGCUACUGUCGAUCCCGGAGUCUUCCUUACCACCGUCACAAGUGGCUACGAUGGCUCAAUUACUCAACUCACUACUUUGCCCGUUGCCACCGUUGAUGGUUCGAGGAUUCAAACUGUGAUCGCCCAGGUUCCUACCAUUGCGCCAACCGACUCGAUUGAUCUUGAUAAUCUUCUCGUCACCUUGACAAAUGGCUAUGACGGUUCGGUGACCUUGACAACAACAUUGCCCGCGGUUACCAUUGAUGGAUCGACCAUUCGGUCUGUCAUUGUUCAGGUACCGACUCAGACUGCUCUGCCUGGCGUUUUCCUCACCACUGUUACAAGUGGCUACGAUGGCUCAGUUACGCAGACAUCCACUUUGCCUGUUGCUACUGUUGGAGGCCUUCCCAUCCAGACCGUGGUUGUGCAGGUCCCUACGGCCACAGUCUCCGACGGAAUCCAGUUCACCACUAUCACCAGUGGUUACGACGGACUUCUCACCCAAACGACGAGCCUUCCCAUUGGUACAGUUGGCGGCGUUCCGGUCCAGACAGUCGUUGUCCAGGUUCCUACCUCUACGGAUCCUCUUGGCGCUCUGUACACGACUCUCACAAGCGCUUAUCCCGGCUCGGUCACCUUGACCACCACUCUCGCCCCGGCUGGUACAGGUAUUUCUGAGCUGGGUACGGUUGUUGUCCAGGUGCCGUCCGAUGUUCUCUCCGGUGCGACUCGGUACACCACUCUUACGAGUGGAUAUGACGGUUCUCUACUGCUUACGCAGACUGGCAUCACCACCGGCGCAGAUGGUCUUGCUACUGUUAUCGUUUUGCAGCCGACUGGAACACUUACAGUUCUCCCGUCGAACAGCGCAAGCGCUACCGAGUCUGGCGACCCUGCCUUGUUUAUUACGAUCACAACUGGAUACCCAGGCUCGGCUAUCGCUACCCAGACCGACUCGGUUACUGGUCCUGAUGGCCUCGUCACUGUCGUCGUCCAGACUCCCACGAUCACUGCUCUGCCUAGUCUUGACUACACCACUAUCACCAGCGGAUACGACGGCUCGGUCCUGCAGACCCUUAUCGGAUCAGCGACUGGAGCAGACGGCCUUGCUACCGUCAUUGUGCAGGUUCCUACUGGAUCUAUCACAGUCGCACCGGCAACUUCAGGAACUAGCGUGCCCGGCAUCUCGUACACCACUGUCACUGAGACUUACGAUGGCUCGUUCCUUCAGACGCUCAUCGGCUCAAUCCUUGGUCUUGACGGUCUCGCAACGGUUCUUGUGCAAGUUCCGAGAAUCAGCAUCGAUAUUUCAAUCUCUCUUGGCUUGCCUUCCCUCGGACCGGGUGCCACUCCCUCGAUUACCAUCGAUCCUUCGGCCACUACCAGUGUCCCUGGCUUGUCAUACACCACCGUCACAAGUGGCUACGACGGCUCAAUCAUCCAGACCCAGCUUGGGUCCGUCACCGGCAUCGAUGGACUCGCCACUGCUGUCGUUCUGGUACCCAGCACCGCGGCCACUCUGCCGACUUCUGUUACCGAGAACAUCAUCUCGUACAUCACGGUUACAACUGGCUAUGAUGGUUCUAUCACUUUGUUCCAGACUAUUGCACCCGCAGCUUCUGGCCUGCCUGGCACCGUCCUCGCCCAGAUCCCGACUGCGGCAGGGCCCAUCACGGCGCCGACAAUCACCACACCUUCACUUACCGGCCCAGGCGGAACAGUCACAGUCACAUCGUUCGACCCGAGCAUGACUGGUUCUGCUUUCAUCACAACGACGUUGUCGCCCUCUCGUCUCAGUGACCCGGUCACGGUGCUCAUCGCGGUUCCUCGGCGACUCUUGUUGGUCACAACCUCGAUCCCAGGCCUGUCAUCUGUGCGGACGUCAACAAUGCCCAUCGGUCUCGACGGCAUUCAGACCGUCAUGGUACAGGUCCCAGCUCUCUCGACCCCCACAGCACUGUCAACGCCUACGAUUGGCGCGAUCACCACCGUCACAACUCCUUAUGCAGGCUCCGUCACUUUGAUCCAGACCCAGACUCCGAGCAACAUUGGCGACCCAACUACCGUGCUUGUUCAAGUUCCAGAGGCGCUGUUCGAGAUCACCUCAACGCGCUUCGGAGCAACUUCUGCAGGAACGACCACGGUAUCACCAAUCGGCACUGGUGCUCCCACAGUCAUCGUCGAUGUUCCGGGAGCCUUCUCUACCAUCACAAGUGGAUACUCCGGUCUCAUUCCGUCUACCACCACGAUCCUGCCUACUGGUCUUGAUGACAUUGGUCUUGUUAUCAUUCAGACGCCGACUGCUGAUGUCAGCUCAAUCGGAGGCACCAUCUUCACCACCGCUCCUGGUACUGGCCUUAUUCCGACUACUACCACGGUCACCGGUACUGAUGGUAUCGUGUCUGUGAUUGUCGAGACCCCUACAUCGGUCGUAUCGCCUGGAGCUACCAUCUUUACUACCAUCCCGGGAACUGGCCUUCUUCCCACAGCUACAACAGUCACGGGUACCGAUGGAAUCGUUUCGGUCAUCUUUGAGACCCCCACUUCAGUGGUUUCUCCUGGAGGCACGAUCUUCACAACUGUUCCGGGCACUGGGCUUCUCCCGACCGCAACAACAGUCACCGGAGCCGACGGCAUUGUUUCUGUUAUCUUGGAGACUCCCACCAUUGGCGUGCCUUCUGGAGGCACCGUCUUCACCACCGUUCCGGGAACUGGCCUUCUUCCGACGGCCACCACCGUGACUGGUGCAGACGGAACCGUGUCUGUCAUUUUUGAGACUCCCACUGUCUCGGCGACCGCCAUUCCCACUACCGUCUUCACCACGGUACCCGGGACUGGGUUGCUUCCUACAGCAACUACGGUCACUGGUGCCGAUGGCGUUGUCUCUAUCAUCUUCCAGACUCCCACGACCUCGGGCGAGCUCCCCACGGUCUUUACCACGAUACCUGGAACUGGUGCUCUCCCAGCAACACUCACAGUCACCGGAACCGAUGGAGUGGUCUCAGUCAUUUUCGAGGCACCCACAGUCACUUCGGGAGGUCUUCCCACGACCAUCUUUACCACCGUUCCUGGUACCGGUCUACUUCCCGAGGCCACGACCGUCACGGGUGCAGAUGGCAUCGUUUCGGUCAUCUUCCAGACACCGACAACAGCUGCACCAGGCGCCCCGACUACCGUCUUUACCACGGCACCUGGCACUGGUCUCUUGCCCGCGACCACAACGGUCACCGGUGCCGAUGGUAUUGUGUCUGUCAUCUUCCUCGACCCUGUCACCUCUGGCGGGCCUACAAUCACGCCGACCGCAGCCACCACCGUCUUCACCACCAUCCCAGGCACUGGAGUCCUACCCGCCACCAACAUCGUCACCGGUCCCGAUGGAGUGGUUUCGGUUAUCGUCUCCGAGGCCACGGCCACAAGCAUCCCUGGAGUUUCAUACACCACGCUUACCACGGGAGGCCCAGCUUUGGCUACAAGAACCAUCCUGCCAUCCGUUCUUGGUGAUCUGGCAACUGUUAUCGUCGAGACUCCCACUUUGGGUGCCAGUCCUGGUGCUUUUAUCACGGUCACCUCAGCUGGCCCCGUGCCGACCACUUUCACCCUUCCCCCGGCUUCUCUGGGCGAGACCGGUACUGUUGUGAUCGUCCCGGCCACAUCCUCAGACCUGGCUGUCGACCCGGCUCUGUCAUUCACCACAGUCUUCUCGGCUGGCCCAGUCCCUACGACUCUAACGAUUUUGCCAGCUAUUUCGGGAGACCUCGGUACUAUCAUCGUGGUCCCGACGGUAUCUUCGGACCUUUCCAUUGAUCCGGCACUUUCACUGACUACUGUAUUCUCUGCUGGUCCUAUCCCGACAACCUUCACUCUACCACCUGCAGUCAGCGGACUGCCAGGCACGGUUGUGAUCGUUCCUUUAGCAACCUCUUCGGACUUGCUUGUCGACCCCGCUCUCGAAUACACCACUGUGUUCUCUGCUGGCCCCAUCCCGACGACCUUCACUCUUGCUCCAGCAUCCAGUGGGUUGCCAGGCACAGUCGUGGUCGUCCCCUCGACGACUUCUUCGGACCUGCUCGUCGACCCGGCUCUCGAGUACACCACCGUAUUCUCCGCUGGUCCCGUUCCCACCACCUACACCCUUCCUGCGGCGGUCAGCGGUCUUCCUGGCACGGUGGUUGUUGUUCCAUCAGCAACCUCGUCAGACUUGCUCGUUGACCCCGCCCUGCAAUUCACCACUGUCUUCUCUGCGGGUCCUGUUCCGACUACGUUCACAAUCACUCCGGCUGUCAGCGGCUCUCUUGGUACAGUUGUCAUUGUGCCGUCAGCAACUUCCUCGGACUUGCUCAUCGACCCCGCGGUACAAUAUACGACCGUCAUCUCUGCGGGUCCUAUUCCUACAACUUACACAAUCCCUCCCGCAUCAAGUGGUCUCCCUGGUACAGUUGUCGUUGUUCCUAUAGCUUCAUCCGAUCUGUCGAUCGACCCUGCCUUAUCACUUACAACGGUCUUCUCUGCCGGUCCAAUCCCGACGACUUACACGCUUCCUCCAGCAGCAAGUGGUCUUCCAGGAACUGUCGUUGUGGUCCCUACCGCUUCAUCCGAUCUGCCCAUCGAUCCGGCGUUGUCGUACACAACCGUCUUCUCUGCCGGUCCCAUUCCCACGACAUUCACUCUGCCGCCCCUCCAAAGUGGUCUUCCUGGUACUGUGGUGGUGGUCCCGUCCGCCACCUCGGGCUUGCCAAUCGAUCCCGCGCUGUCAUACACGACUAUCUUCUCCGCUGGUCCUAUCCCAACCACCCUUACGAUCCCGCCUGCGGCGAGUGGCCUUCCAGGUACCGUCAUCAUCCAGUCUCCUGGCGUCUUCUUCGACACUAUCACAUCGACGUACGAUGGCACCGCUCCCGCCUUGUCGACUGUCUUCCCUACUGCGGCUGGUGAAACCGGCACUGUUAUCGUCCUUGUGCCUUCCGGCCUUGUACCUUCUGCCACGGUGCCGCUGACGACACCGACUCUGACCCGCAGCCAGGUCACGAUCACUUCUCUUUACACUGGCAGGAUUCGCUUCAGCACCACCAUUGGUGUCAGCAUCCAAGGAGAUCCAACUCUUCCAGACACGGUCGUUGUGUACGUUCCCUUCACCGAGGGCGUAUCUGCGACGCCGACGGCAACCCCUGGUGCAGUUACGACGAUUUUCACCGGAAUCCCCGGAACUUUCGUGGGCCCUGUCACCACAACAUUGCCUGUUGGUCCCGACGGCAUCGAAACAGUACUCAUUCAGACUGCUCUUCCUGGUGUCACUCCUACCGCCACUGGUCUCACUACGAUUUUCACUGGUAUUCCGGGAACUUUCGUGGGUCCUAUUACCACGACACUGCCUGCUGGACCUGAUGGUAUCGAAACGGUACUUAUUCAGACUGCCCUUUCGGGCGUCGUCCCAACUGCCACUGGGCUUACCACGAUCUUCACCGGCAUUCCGGGAACCUUCGUGGGAAGCUUGACAACGACGCUCCCGGCCGGCCUUGAUGGCAUUGAAACAGUGUUGAUCCAAACUGCUUUGCCUGGCAUUACGCCGACCGCUACCGCCAUCACGACCGUUUUCACUGGUAUUCCUGGAACAUUCUUGGGUUCCCUGACGACGACGCUUCCCGCCGGCCCUGAUGGUAUCGAAACCGUUCUCAUCCAGACUGCGUUAUCAGGAAUCAUCCCGAGCGCGACCGCUGCCACGACAAUCUUCACGGGUGUUCCUGGCACCUUCUUGGGUUCUGUGACAACUACUCUGCCUGCUGGACUUGAUGGUAUCGAGACCGUUCUCAUCCAAACAGCUCUUCCAACGGGAGGCCCUACAGGCACUCCGACCGCCAGUCCGACCGCAGUCACUACGGUAUUUACUGGUAUCCCAGGAACCUUCAUAGGAUCCCUGACAACCACUCUACCCGCCGGCCCAGAUGGUAUCGAAACUGUUCUGAUACAGACUGCAUUGACUGCUAUCCCAAGCGCAACUGGCCUGACGACGAUCUUCACUGGCAUCCCUGGCACUUUCGUCGGUUCUGUGACAACAACCUUGCCCGCUGGCCCUGAUGGAAUCGAGACAGUUCUCAUUCAGACUGCUCUUAGCGCUAUCCCGACAGCCACUGGUUUGACGACGAUCUUUACGGGUAUUCCUGGCACGUUCUUGGGUCCUCUCACGACCACGCUCCCGGUUGGUCUUGACGGCAUUGAGACUGUUCUCAUCCAAACUGCUUUGAGUGCUAUUCCGACCGCUACUGGCCUUACCACCGUGUUUACUGGAAUCCCAGGCACUUUUGUUGGACCCGUCACAACAACUCUUCCGGUCGGUCCAAAUGGUAUCGAGACGGUACUUAUCCAGACUGCUCUGCCCACGGCAAUCCCGACCGCAGUUACUACCAUCUUUACUGGUAUUCCGGGAACAUUCUUGGGCUCCUUGACAACAACUCUGCCCGCCGGUCUUGACGGCAUUGAGACGGUACUCAUCCAGACCGCCCUGCCUACGGCUGCCGCUGGCGCGAUUACCACGAUCUUUACUGCCGUUCCUGGAACCUUCUCUGGGAUCCGCACUACAACGCUGCCAGUCGGCCUCGAUGGUAUCGAGACUGUCCUUGUGGAGAGUGCCUUGCCAACCGCUGCCCCGAGUGUCACUGUCACGUACACGACCAUCUUCUCGGGCAUCAUUGGCACGUUUAUUGGACCUCAAACAUCCACACUCCCCGCCGGACCUGAUGGUGUCGCAACUGUCAUCAUUGCUUCUGCAAUCCCGUCUGAGAGCAUUCGCUUCACUACGAUUCUCACAGGACUCCCGGGAACAUUUACCGGCACUCAGGUCACCACCUUGCCGGUCGGCACCGACGGCAUCGCCACCGUCUUGUUGCAAACCGCUCUGCCUACUGCUUCGCCAGUCUCGUACACGACACUGCUUACAGGUAUUCCGGGCACCUUCGUCGGCACUCAAGCAACUACUCUGCCCGCCGGCACUGACGGCAUUGCUACUGUGUUGCUUCAGACUGCCUUGCCCACUAUCGCACCUGUUUCCUACACGACUCUGUUCUCGGGUGUGCCCGGUACCUUCGCGGGCACCGUGGCCACAACGCUCCCUGCCGGCACGGACGGCAUCGCAACUGUCAUCUUCCAGACUGCCAUCCCCACGCCCACAGUCUCGUCGCCAGGAGUUUCUUACACUACGAUCUUCUCGGGCUUGCCAGGUACAUUUAUCGGCACAUUGGCAACCACCCUGCCCGUGGGAAGCGACGGCAUCGCCACAGUUAUCUUCCAAACUGCUCUCCCUACGGCUACAAGUGCCCCUGGUGCUUCCUACACGACUAUUCUGACUGGUGUACCGGGAACUUUCAUUGGCACUCUGGCAACCACCUUGCCUGCAGGCCCUGAUGGUCUUGGUACUGUUCUCUUGCAAACUGCUUUGCCGAUUGCAACGUCAACUCCUCCUGGACUGCAGUAUACCACGAUUCUUACUGGUGUGCCGGGAACGUUUACCGGAACUCAAACCAACACUUUGCCCUUGAUUUCUGGAGCCACGAUUGGAACAGUUCUUUUGGAGACCGCCAUUCCCACCGCUAGCCCGGUCGAGUACACGACGCUGCUCACUGGCGUCCCCGGCACUUUCAUCGGAACCCAGACGACCACGCUCCCGAUCAUCAGCGGCACUGUUGGCACGGUCCUGAUCCAGACUGCUCUGCCUACCGCUCAAAGCAUCGACAUUACGUACGUCACCGUCAUUACUGGCGUCCUGGGCACAUUUCCUGGAACCCGCGCUUCGACGGCCCAGCCUACUGGAACCCAGCGAACCGGUACCGUCUUCUUGGAGACGGCGAUUCCUGCAAUCACAUCGAAUGCGGUGUCGUACGUCACAAUCGUCACUGGAAUCCCGGCGACCUUUACUGGUACCCAGACCCGAACCUUGUCUGGUAUCGGAGCAGAUGGCCUCGGCACUGUUCUCUUGGAGACUGCGCUGCCCAUCACAAGCCCGAUCUCCUACACGACUAUCUUCUCUGGCAUUCCUGGAACGUUUAUCGGCACACAGGCUCUCACUCUGGCCCCUGGUACUGAUGGAUUGGGUACUGUUGUCUUACAGACUGCCAUUCCCUCUGUCCCUGUUCAAUCGUUCACAACCAUUUUCUCCGGUAUCCCGGGUACGUUCCUUGGAACUCAAACUCGUACUCUGUCUGGUACUGGCGCAGAUGGCCUCGGAACGGUUGUGUUGGAGACGGCAUUGCCAACGGCACUCGCUCAGUCCUACACGACCAUCUUUUCUGGCGUUCCGGGCACCUUUGUCGGCACUUCAACGCUUACCCUUCCGGGCACUGGCACAAACGGUCUCGGCACUGUCGUACUUCAGACAGCCCUGCCUACCGCGCUCGCGGCUUCGUACACGACGGUCUUCUCAGGCAUCCCAGGAACUUUCCUCGGAACCCAGACUCGCACCCUCUCUGGAACCGGUGCAGACGGUCUUGGUACAGUCGUUUUGGAGACUGUCUUGCCUACGGUAUUGGCUCAGUCUUACACCACGAUUUUCUCUGGUGUCCCUGGCACGUUCGUGGGAACUUCGACGCUCACUCUUCCUGGCACUGGUAUCGACGGACUUGGCACGGUCGUCCUUCAAACGGCUAUCCCUACCGCAAGCCCAACUGCGAGCCUCCAGUAUACCACGCUGGUAACAGGUAUUCCUGGAUCCUUCAUCGGAACUCAGACGACUACUCUACCUGUGGUUGGCACUGGCAACUUGGCUACGGUUCUGCUCCAGACUGCCGUUCCUGUGGUAUCUUACGUGACCCAGAUCACGGGCAUUCCGGGCACUUUCGCUGGAACAAGCACUCGAACCCUACCUAUCGCUGGCACUGGCAACGUGGGCACAAUCAUCCUGGAGACAGCCGUUCCUUUGGCUUCAUUCACGACCAUCUUCAGCGGCGUCCCUGGCACAUUCGCUGGAACGCAAACUCGCACUUUACCAGCUCUUGGCACUGAUGGUCUGAUUACGGUUGUUCUUGAGACUGCUGUACCCGAAGCUACUUCAUCGGCUCUGCCAUCUGUCACGGUCAUCAACACGUCCUAUGUCACGAUCAUCACGGGUGUCUUUGGUACUUUCGAUGGAACUCAAACAACGACCCUUCCUGCCGCGGUCACCAAUCCUGGCUUGGUCACUGUCGUACUUCAGACUGCCAUCCCCAGCGCUGGCACAACUGCGUUCACCACGAUCCUCACAGGCAUCCCUGGCGCCACUUUCCCCGGCACCAGGACGAGCACCUUGCCCGUCAUUGGAACGCUCGGAACUGUACUCCUCGAGACAGCCAUUCCCAACGCGCCCGCAACGUCGUUCACGACGAUCUUCACUGGAAUCCCAGGAGCCACGUUCGUCGGCACUCAGUUGAGCACCCUGCCUGUCACCGGUUCCAUUGGCACCGUUCUCGCAGAGACCGCUCUCCCUGCCAUCCCGACAACGUCGCUCACCACCAUUUUCACUGGUAUUCCCGGGGCUACUUUCAUCGGCACGCAGUUCUCGACUUUGCCCGCGACUGGAACGAUCGGCACAGUGUUGGCUCAAACUGCUCUCCCUGCCCUUCCAACGACCUCAUUCACCACGAUCUUCAGCGGAAUUCCAGGGGCUACCUUCGUUGGUCCUCUCACUACUACGCUUCCAGUUACUGGCACAAUUGGCACGGUUAUCAUUGAGAGUGCACUGCCCGCGGUGAUUUCAUACAUCACGGUCCCAACAGGCGUGCCCGGCGCAAGCUUCGUCGGCACUCAGUUCUCUACCCUACCCGUCACUGGUGCCAUUGGUACUGUCUUGGCUCAAACCGCGCUCUCGGCUGACAUUUCGUAUGUCACAAUUCCCACCGGAGUGCCUGGUGCUACCUUUAUUGGAACCCAGUUCACCACCCUCCCGGUGACUGGCACCGUUGGUACGGUUUUGGCCGAGACUGCUAUCCCUAACGCAGUCACAUCUUAUACCACGGUUCUCACCGGCGUCAUCGGCACCUUUGCCGGCACACGAGCAACGACUCUUCCAGUUACUGGAACGCUUGGAACUGUGCUCUUGGAGACAGCUCUUCCAGUGCCGACGUCGUACACAACGCUCAUUACCGGAAUCCCGGGCACAUUCAUCGGCGCCCAGACAACUACCUUGGCAGGCUCAGGAACGGUUGGCACCGUACUCAUCCAGACCGCGCUGCCUCUGCCGCCAGUCACUUCGUACACCACGAUCCCGACUGGCACCAUCGGCACGUUCGCUGGUACUCAGACCAUCACCCUGCCGCUUACUGGCACUUUGGGCACCGUUUUGCUCCAGACCGCCAUCCCGCCUAUUGUUACUGGCUACACCACGAUUACUCGCGGUGUCACUGACACGUUUGUGGGCACUCGUACUUCAACGGGCCCGGUCAGCGGAACGCUGGGUACGGUAUUUGAGGAAACGGCUAUUCCGCCUUUGUCUACAUCAUACGUCACUCUCGUCACUGGUGUAAUCGGGACAUUCGCGGGUACGCAGACGACGACUUUGCCUGUUACUGGAAACAUCGGCACCGUCUUGCUCGAGACAGCUUUGCCUGUUCCAACUUCCUACACGACAAUCUUGACUGGCGCUCCUGGCACUUUCAUCGGUACCAGGGCAACGACUUUGCCAGUCUCAGGCACGCUGGGUACAGUUCUUCUAGAGACCGCACUUCCGAUUCCCACUUCGUACACGACGAUUCUCACCGGAACUCCUGGCACUUUCGUUGGCACCCGCGUGACUACGCUACCCGUCAGCGGCACCCUGGGCACCGUUCUUCUGGAGACUGCCUUGCCAAUCCCCACAUCGUACACCACGAUUCUCACGGGCGUCUUCGGCACUUUUACUGGCACUCAAAUCUCCACGAUUGCCGGUACCGAUACCAUCGCAACUGUGGUUCAGCAGACUGCUAUUCCGUUCCCGACCACAUACACCACCAUCGUCACCGGUGUCCUGGGCACCUUCGUUGGCACUCGCACUACUUCGCUCCCUGUCAGCGGUACUCUUGGUACGGUUCUGUUGCAAACGGCGUUGCCUAUCCCAACGUCAUAUGUCACCGUUACCACCGGCAUUCCUGGCACCUUCACCGGCACUCAGGUAUCAACGAUCCCAGGAUCUGACACUGUUGCCACCGUGGUGCUUCAAACGGCCCUCCCCUUCCCUACCUCGUACACCACGCUUCUCACUGGUGCCCCUGGCACAUUUGUUGGAACCAUAACUACAACUUUGCCGGUUUCUGGCACCCUCGGAACUGUCUUGCUUCAAACUGCUCUCCCCCUGCCGACAUCAUAUGCCACGCAGACUACGGGUAUUCUUGGUGCUACCUUCCUCGGCACCCAGACAACGACAAUUGGAUCCGGAACCCUGGCCACGGUACUCCUCCAGACGGCCCUUCCCUUCCCUACAUCGUACACUACGAUCUUCACGGGUGUCCCUGGAGCCACUUUCCCAGGAACGCAGACGGUUACUCUCUCUGCUACCGGCACCCUGGCAACAGUCUUGGUUCAGUCCUCGGUUCCUAUUCCGACGUCGUACACAACCGUCUUCACAGGCAUUCCGGGCGCCACCUUUGCGGGACCUCAGACUUCUACACUCGUAGGAUCUGGAUCCAUCGCAACUGUGCUCAUCCAGACCGCUCUGCCAAUCCCGUCGUCGUACACCACGAUCGUCACUGGCCUUGCCGGAACUGUGUUCCCCGGAACCCAGACGGUUACGCUUUCGGCCACGGGAACCCUCGGAACUGUUCUGCUUCAGACCGCCAUUCCGUACACGACUGUUCUCACAGGAAUUCCUGGAACCUUCAUCGGAACCCAGGCAAUCACCAUUCCUCCGGUCGGAAGUCUGCUUGGUACAGUCCUUCUUCAAACCGCCUUGCCGCUCUCAUACACCACAGUUACUAGUGGAAUCACGAGCGACUUCACCGGCACAAGGACUCUUACUCUUGAUGGCACGGGCACCAACGUCCGAACUGUCGUUUUGGAGACCGCCAUCCCUGCCCAGGUCAUUGUCUCUUACACGACAAUCAUCACAGGUAUUCUCGGCACUUUCGCCGGCACUCAGACGUCCACGGUUCCCACAACUGGACCUGGCCAGAGCCUCGUCACCGUUUUCUUAGAGACCGCUAUUCGCCCGAUUUCGUUCACGACAGUCUUUAGCGGAGUCAUCGGCAACUUUGCAGGCACUUCAACCGUUACUCUCCCCACGACCGCCGGGCAGGCCCUUGGUACCGUGGUUCUGCAAACCGCGCUGCAAACCACAUCCUACGUCACGAUCCCUUCGGGCGUACCUGGCAACUUCCAAGGCACCUCACUCAUCACCUUGGACGGCACUGGUCUCAUCAGAACCGUCAUCGCGGAGACGGCCUUGCCAACGACCUCGUACACAACUGUUAUUUCAGGAGUUGCUGGUAACUUCCAGGGCACUUCUCUGAUCACUCUGUCAGGCACUGGUCUCAUCCGAACUGUUAUUGCCGAAACCGCGAUCCCAACGACUGGUUACGUGACAAUUCCUACCGGCGUGCCCGGUAACUUUGCUGGAACUUCGCUCAUCACUCAGUCUGCCGCGCCUGGCGCCACGCUCAUCACCGUCUUGGCCCAAACAGCCAUUCCGACCACCGGCUAUGUGACCAUUCCUACCGGCGUUCCUGGUAACUUCCAGGGUACGUCUUUGAUCACGCAGUCGGCUGCCGCGGGUGCCACCUUGAUUACUGUCUUGGCUCAAACCGCCAUUCCCACGACGGGAUACGUGACAAUUCCCACGGGUGUACCUGGAAACUUCCAGGGCACAUCUUUGAUCACGCAGUCCGCCGCCGCAGGAGCAACGCUCAUCACCGUGUUGGCCCAAACAGCUAUUCCUACUACGGGUUACAUAACAAUCCCGACUGGCGUCACUGGCAACUUCGCGGGCACCUCCUUGGUCACUCAGUCCGCUCCCGCAGGUGCCACGUUAAUUACGGUACUCGCUCAGACUGCUAUUCCUACAACAGGAUAUAUCACCGUUCCCACUGGUGUUACUGGCACCUUUGCCGGCACAUCUUUGGUUACUCAAUCUGCUGCCGCGGGAGCCACUAUAAUCACGGUUCUAGCGCAGACGGCGAUUCGGACGACGGGAUACAUCACCAUCCCUACUGGUGUGACAGGCACGUUCCAAGGCACGUCUCUGGUCACGCAAUCCGCAGCUGCCGGCGCUACGGUUAUCACCGUUCUCGCGCAGACAGCUCUGCCAACAACCCGCUUCACUACCAUCCCAACUGGUGUUGCGGGCAACUUUGCCGGCACGUCGUACAUUACUCAAUCUGCUGCCGCGGGAGCUACCGUUAUCACGGUUCUCGCGGAGACGGCUAUCCCGACCACGAGCUACGUGACCGUCCCAACUGGAGUUCCCGGAACCUUCCAAGGCACCUCGCUGGUGACUCAGUCAGCCGCCGUGGGCGCCACUCUGAUCACGGUUCAGGCACAGACAGCCCUGCCUAUCACGACGACGACGACCGUCCUCACCGGCGUUCAAGGUGUCUUCGCUGGAACUUCAUACCUCACCCUUACUGGCAGCGGAACUAUCGUCACUGUUCUCGCCCAGACUGCCCUGGCUCAGACGUCCUACGUGACCAUACCCUCUGGAGUGCCUGGCGCUACUUUCACCGGUACCUCAUUGGUCACUCAGUCUGGAACAGGCCUUGUCAGGACGGUCAUCGCAGAAACUGCCCUGCCCACGACAACAUAUGUCACAAUUCCUACGGGUGUUGUUGGAGCUACCUUCACCGGCACCUCCUACGUUACUCAGGAUGGCACCGGUCUCAUCAGGACCGUUCUCGCCGAGACAGCAAUCGCACCAACGACGACAUACGUCACUGUUCCUUCUGGAGUUACUGGAGCCGCUUUCACUGGCACUUCCCUCAUUACCCAAUCGGGCACUGGACUGACUAGAACCGUCAUUGCGGCCACGGCCGUUCCCAUCUCGACCGUUUACACGACCAUCCCGACUGGAGUUGGCGGUUCUUUCUCGGGAACUCGUUACUCCACCGUCAGCGGCACCGGCAGUAUCAUCACCGUGUUCGCGCAGACUCGCAUUCCCACGGCCACACGAGUCGUUACGCAGACGUCCUCGCCAUCGGGAUGUAUCCCCACGCCCGUCGCAAGCCCUACUGGACGCUGUAUCAGCCAAGCACAAGUCAACGCCGUUCCGAUCCCGACUCAAUGUUCCAACUUGGAUAACACCCUCCUCGGCGGGGUCCUCACCACUCCUAGUACGUCGCAGCUCAACGCUUGUCAAGCCGCGUUGGGCAACUAUGCCACCAUCCCUCAGGUUGCGGCUUGUACCGUAUCCGGCCUCAGGCUCCUCGGCACAUACGCUGAGUGUAUUAGGACCGGUCUUGCGAAUGCUAUUGGCUGCGUCAGAAGUCUGCCGCUCUCGUGUACUCAGAUCGAGGCUGCCACUGGUGUCGCUGCCAUCACGGCGCAAGCCAACGUAUGUAUCGCAAACUUGGGAAUUUUUGGGUACUCUGGACUUUUCGGCAGUACCGUCAACUUGGCAACCUGCAUCACGAACAACGCGGCCACUUCUGGUCUGGCGGUCCUCAACUGUAUCGAACAAGGCACCGGCCUGCCCAUCAACAGCUCCAGAGCAAACACGGCGGUACUAUGCCCGUCCGGAACAGCUUGCGCACAAGUCCCCACGGCUUGCGGAGCCCUUCUGGAUGCGUCGUUCAAUUUGACGAACGGUCUCGAAGCACAGGUCAACCUCUGCCAGGCGGCUCUGGUGGUCAACUCUAUUCCAGGCGUUCUCAGCACGACUCUUGCGAACCCCUUGGGCACAGUCGACUGUCUGGUCGGCAACCUGCUCACGACCGUCAACAACCUACUCAGUCCACAGCAGCAAUACGGCCAGUGUUUCCUGCAAAAGAUCCAAGGCAGCUGUAUCACCAGCUUGCCCCAGACCUGUCUCAACAUCGGCGUGGGCGCCCAAGCGAGUGGGCUUGCCAGCAACGUGAACGCGGCGGUAUCAGUCACGGAUCUCCUCAGCUGUGUCACGAGUCUCGGCUUGCUGGCAAACAGAGUCGACCCCAACUGCUUCAACGUCAGCUUGGGCUCACAGGGCAUCGUUUCUUGCCUGAACCUCAGCUUGUUCGGCGUCGCCACCGUCAAUGUCGUCACCAAAUAA